UUCUUACCGUUGCUGGCUUUACCUCCCCCAGGUCCUGCUGAAAAAAUGUCAGACUCAAAUCAUGGUAACAGCCAGAAGAAUGUCUCUGUGGAGGACAUAGAUGAUGAAGAAAGUGUGAUUUUGACAUUGGUUCCAGUUAAAGAUGAUUUAGAUGAUUCAAAUAAUGAACAAAUCGAAUCAACUGUUUCUUCAACUUCUGAUGUCACACUGAACAAUCCCCAGAAAUACAAUGAAGUUCAUCUACCUCCAACAAAUAAGCAACCAAAAGUCAUCCGAAGAGCUAGAUGUAAAAAAUCUGAUCUUCCCUUGCCAACCGUUUUGCCUUCCAUUAAUGAUGUGGGUCGAGACACUUUGAGGAACUGGUGCCAGCAACUCAACUUGAGUACUGAUGGCAAGAAAACAGAAGUUUUUCUGAGGCUUCAGGAGCAUGCCUUUCCUGAACAGAAAUGUGUAAUUCCUGAAACACCAAAGGAGGCCAGAUUACAUUCAUGUUCAAGGAAACUCAAAGCAGAGACCAAGAGAGCAAGACCUCAGGAAAGGUCCAAGAUGAGUGUGAAAACAGAAGAGCUCAAUAGAGUAGAAGUGAUAACAUCAGCCCAGGAAUCUGCAUUGGCAUCGUGGGCAAGGAUUGCUGCCAAAGCUGGUCAGCCUAAGACUAUGAAUUCACGGUCUAUUCCUGCUUCUGCUGAGGCCUUUUUGAUUGCUUCCCCAGGCCUUAGGUGGUGUGUGAUCCAUGGCGAGCCUCUCCCCGCAGACAGAGAGGGUUGGGUCCGCCUACAGUUUCAUGCAGGUCAGGCCUGGGUGCCUGCCACUCCCAGGAGGAUGAUUUCCCUCUUCCUGUUACCAGCCUGCAUUUUCCCAUCUCCAGGCCUAGAAGAUAAUAUGUUAUGUCCUGACUGUGCUAAGAGAAAUAAGAAGAUAAUGAAAAGAUUAAUGAUAGCGAAGAGGAAGAAGAGAUCUACUUCAAACCCAAAGUAG